AUGCCUCCUCUUGCAGAGCCAGCUCAGAUCCCAUCCCAUGUUGACGAGGUGUCCAAGUAUUCUGAAUUCUCGCACGUACAGAAGAGGUAUAUCAUCGGUUUGGCCGCCUUUGCAGGCUGGUUCUCAUCUGUCAGCAGCUUCAUAUAUUUUCCAGCUAUACCGGCGAUAGCUCAUGAUCUUGAUCAGAGCAUCGAAAGGAUUAAUCUCACCGUCACAUCUUACCUCAUUGUAUCGGGGAUUUUUCCGUCUAUCACAGGGAAUGCCGCGGACCGCUUUGGGAGACGACCGGUAUUUCUCGUUGCUUUGACAAUUUACUUGCUAGCAAACAUUGGGCUGGCUCUGCAAUCUGAUUUUGGGCUCCUGUUCUUCUUGCGUAUGGUACAAAGCGCAGGGAUCUCCGGUACUUUCUCCGUGACGUACGGUGUCUUGAGCGACUUGUUCACACCGGCGGAAAGAGGUGGCUAUGCAGGAGUCAUAUCCUUUUUUCUGAACACACCACCCACCCCGGACAAGAAGAUGCAGACGAAAGGAUCGGUAAACCCGUUAGCUUCCAUCAAGCUUCUUCGGUCUCCUGGCACCGCUUUCAUGAUGGCAUCAUAUGGCGUAGGGUAUGCGACAUAUUCCUGUUUACAAGCGUCGCUAUCGUCUUUGUUCCUCGACAUCUACAAAAUCUCUGGCUUAGCUAGCGGGCUCAUAUACAUUCCAUUUGGAGUCGCAUGUGCCCUGUCGGCCUUCGCCACUGGUAGACUACUCGAUAGGAACUUCAGAAAGACGGCUGCUGAGAUAGGUCUUCCUAUCACUCGAAACAAAGCUGACAACCUCUCGAUGUUUCCGAUCGAGAAAGCAAGACUUCGGACGGUAAUACCACUCGUCUCUAUGAGUGCAUGCCUGAUCAUCGCUUAUGGUUGGCAACUGCAGGCCCAAGUGUCCAUGGUCGGUCCACUCGUCACACAAUUCUUCAUUGGGCUCACUCUUCAAACUAUGUUUACCGCGUUGAGCACCCUUCUCGUUGAUGUGAACCAGGAGUACCCAUCAACUGCGCAAGCUGGCUGCAAUCUCAUACGCUGCGAGAUGGCCGCUGGCUAUCUUGCAGCGCUCGAUCCUCUGCUACGAGCCAUCAACCCUGGCUGGACCUUUCUUCUCUUCGCCUUGAUUGUGCUGAUGUCGUCGAUCAUGCUAUUUAUCCUAAAAUGGAAGGGCCUGCAGUGGAGACAACAAAACUUGGGUGCAAAUCUCGGAGAUUAUCCAGAUAGAGGUGCGGUGACUGCAGAAGAUGGACUGGGGUUGGAAAGUCUCGGAGACGAGAGCAACCCAAGCGGCACACAAGAGGAAGAGGCGCGUAUAACAAGAGAAAAAGGCUAG